AGGGGCUGAGCCCUCAGACCCUCAGGAUCUGCCCCACCCUCAAUGACCGGGACCUCCAUCCCGUCAGAAAUUCACCUAAAAUUGUACCUGCCUAAAUUAAUCACAUCAGAAAUUCACCUGAAAUUGUAUCUGCCUAAAUUAACCCCAUCUAAAUUAACCAUAACAAGCACUGCGUUUAUGUAGAGGUGUCUCAUUUCUUUGCUGGGUGAAAUGCUGUUUCGGUUCUCUACAUAGAUGAGAUGGCUGCUCAGGAGAAAGACCCAGACCUGAGGCUCCUGCAGAAGAAUCCACUGGGCCCCAGCACGUGUCAGAAGAGCAGGUUUCUGGAGAGUGAGUGGCAGGCAGCCACGGCGUCCCUGAGCCGCUGUCCCAGCGUGGCCGAGAGCGGGGACGGCGGCAUCGGCACCUCCUGCUCUGACAGCACUGAGGACUUUUGCAACUCCAGUAGCGGUUCCUCAUUCCACCCCAUCAAAACCCAGGUGACCAUUCCAACAGCCCACGUCAUGCCUUCCACGCUGGGUGCCUCGCCCUCCAAGCUGUGCCCUGCAGGGGACCAGGGCUGUUCCCAGAGCUCUGCACAUCCUGCUGGGCCAGGCUCUGCCCCUGACCGCCCGGGGCUGGCCAGGAACGGGGACCUGAACGCCGGGAACUCCUCUCAGGUGCCCCCCAGGGACCUCCUGCGUCUCUACAGGGACAACGGCUGCGAGCACGCCUGGCCUCCUGCCACCAGGACAGAAGGCACCUGGAAGUUUGACACCCCUGCCAUCGAGCAGACCCUUAACCAGUCUCUCUUCCUGGACAGCGUGUGCGCUGACCCUCUGCACAGGUGCCAGAAGUUCAGCUCUGAGGCAGGCAAGGACCAUUUCAAGGUGCUGCCAGAGAGCAAACAGGCGCCGGGCGCCAACGGAGCCGAUGGGCCGUGGCCUGGCGGGAGCAGGCUGAUGCCAGGGGGGCUCCAGGCCAGCAGCUUCUAUUCCAAACCUGUGGCAGCUCCCCCAGGCCGAGCGUGGGUGCAGGAAGGCUGCACCCUGCACCCCCACCAGGGAGUCUGCGAGCUCAGUGCCUGGAAGCAGCAGCUGGACAAGGUGCGGCUGCAGGUGGAGCAGAUGCAGUUACAAAAUGGAGGCACCUGCCCCCAUUCCUCACUGUAUUCCCCAUCCCUGCCUGCACCUGACCCAGCUCAGUGGAUCAAUAUCCUGAACUCCAAUGAAAACCUGCUCAAGGAGAAGGAGCUCCUUAUUGACAGACAGAGGCAGCACAUUUCCCAGCUGGAGCAGAAGGUCCGGGAGAGCGAGCUGCAGGUGCACAGUGCCCUGCUGGGCUGCCCAGCCUCCUAUGGAGAUGUCUACAUGCUGAGGAUGCAGGAGCUGCAGCGGGAGAACACCUUCCUGCGAGCACAGUUCACAGAGAAGACUGAGUCCCUCAGCAAGGAGAACAUUGAGCUGCAGAGGAAGCUGGCUGCUGCAGAGGUGGAUGUGAAGCUGCUCCGGGAGUCCCUGAAGGAAACGGUGCAGAAACAUGCAGAGGAGUUAAAGAAACAGGAAGAAAGGGUAAAGGGAAGAGACAAACACAUUAAUAACCUUAAAAAGAAAUGCCAGAAGGAAACUGAACAAAACAGAGAGAGACAGCAGAGAAUUGAGACCCUGGAACGAUACCUGGCUGAUCUGCCAACUCUUGAGGACCACCAGAAACAGAGUCAGAAGCUGAAGGAAUCUGAAUUGAAGACUACUGCCCUGCAGGAAACAGUGCUGGCACUGGAAACAGAGCUUGGAGAUGUCCAGGCUGCUUUCAGGGAGCAGGAACUGCAGCUGGAAACCCAAAAGCACAAGGAGAUGGAGCUUCUGUCCACUGUGCACAGCUUGCAGGACAAGUUGCAGCAGUAUGCAAAGAAUGCAGAGAGAGGACCCCCUGCCCAGGAUGGGGAGAGGCAGAAAAUGGAACAGGACUCUCUGAAGAAGGAGUGUGACUGCCUCAGGAAGAUUGUGGACAAAAAGCAGAAGAAGAUGGAGCAGUUAUCCUUGCAAGUCAAGAACCUGGAAGAACAGGUGGCCCAGGAAGAGGGGACAAGCCAAGCUCUGAAGGAGGAGGCAAUGAGAAGGGAAAAUGCUCUGCAGCAGCUCCGGGCUGCCGUGAAAGAGCUGUCCGUGCAGAACCAGGAGCUGAUUGAGAAGAACCUGACGCUGCAGGAGCAGCUGCGGCAGGCGCAGCUGACAGCGCAGCCCCUGCCUGCUGACACUGCCUGCCUGGCCCAGCAGCUGCACGGGGAGCUGGCCAGCUGCCUGCAGGAUCUGCAGUCUGUCUACAGCAUUGUCACCCAGAGGGCUCAGGGCAAGGACCCCAACCUCUCUCUGCUCCUGGGCAUCCACUCUGUGCAAUACCCUGUGAAGGAGAAGGAUGACCUGCUGAGCCCUGAUGGACUGGCCAAGAAACUGGUGGAGGUAAAACAGCUUCACAAAGAGGUGGAGGACUUGAGGACUGCAAUAUCUGACAGAUACGCUCAGGACAUGGGAGACAACUGCAUCACCCAGUAAAGAGCACUCCCAAAGUAAGACAGGGAAUGAAGACUUGAAACUCAGGAGUCUUGUGCUCCUACAACCCUAAACCUAUUCAGCACUUUACCAUCCCUCUGCUCGGGUACAGGAUGUGUGACUUAUCUGAUCUGUGAGGAAUCAGGGGGUUUGUUGCCAGAAGUGUUCAGCUGCUGACUGGGAUAUUCAGGGCUUCAGUGUCAGGCUUUGCAGUGGCUUUGAUCUUGUGGAAUGUGUUUUCUGCUGUGUUUGCUGGAGCUGCUGUGGUCUCUGAUGCUGGGAGAUGAAUUCUGCCUUGCCUUGCAGGCCUGUCAAAUGCUGAACAUGCAAGUGUGACAGUUAAAAUGAUGGCUAAAAGGAAAUGUAUGCCCUGGUCUUGCUGAUAACCCUCCCUCCUGUGGGACCAGAGGGUUGGCAGAGUGUUUGUGGGAUGUCUGGAUUCCACAGGCAGGCAGGUGUGCCAGCUCCACUCCUGGCAUUUCCAUCGAGGUGCUGCUGCCUUGGAUUGAUGGAGCAGGACCUGCUCUCCUCAGGUGAUGCAACCAUUGUCUUUCAGCAGCCAGCAUGAGCUGAGGAAUAAAGAACACUAAAAGACUGGAAAUGCUCCCCCUGGGCACUGUUACCCCAGAAGCCUUAAAAGCCUUUUGUCCCCCUGAAACAGCACUGGGAAGUGAUUUAGACUGCAGAGAAGUGGAUUGAUGCUGAAGUGCCUUAAUGAGCUGGAAGAACCCUUUGCCCCCACUCUGCUCUGUGCCUAAUGCAUCCACUGGCAGGUGAGGGGCUGCUCUUCCCUCUCACAGCCUUUUAGAGCCAUCCCAAACAGUCCUGGGGAGCCCCAGGUGUCUGUGGCCCUGGGGACACACCUCUGCUUCACUGGGAGAAAGCCAUACUGCUCCUGCUGUGCAGGGGGUGGCACAGGGAGCUCUGCCUGCCAGCAGUGCCCGCUUGGGCCUUGUCACAGCCCUGUCCCUCCUUUCUUCUCCUCUGCAAGUAAUGGGAUUCUAAAUGAAUCCCUGAGGGAUCAGUGUCACUGUACCACCACCCUCCCUAUCCCCAGUGACAGCUUUACUGAGUCUGAGGGUGGAACUUGGCUUUUCACCUUGAUUUAAGAGCAAGACACCAAGUUGUGACAGGGAAAAGUCCUGCUGACACUUGUGUUGUUUGGCUGCUCUUGGUUCAUGCUGGGGCUGUGAGCCCUGGGUUUGGCAGAAAUGCUUUUGUUAUUCCUUUGAGUUAAAAUUUUAAGACCAAAUCUGUUUUGUUCUCGGUGUUUGGCCACCCUGGGGGACGGUGGCCAGGAACUGGUUGGUUUGUCCCACACAGGGAGCAUGCAGCGGUGUCUGUCUGUCUGUCCUGCUCUCCCUGGC